AGCCCCGAGGAUGAUGACAGGAAGGUCCGAAGGAGAGAGAAAAACCGAGUUGCUGCUCAGAGAAGUCGGAAGAAGCAGACCCAGAAGGCCGACAAACUCCAUGAGGAGUAUGAAUGCCUGGAGCAAGAAAACACCCUGCUACGGAGAGAGAUCGGGAAGCUGACCGAGGAGUUGCAGCACCUGACCGAGGUGCUGAAGGAACACGAAAAGAUGUGCCCGCUGCUGCUCUGCCCCAUGAACUUUGUGCCGGUGCCUCCUCGGCCGGACCCUGUGGCUGGCUGCCUGCCCCGAUGAAGCCUGAGGAUGCUCCUCGGCCACGUGGGAACUUGGUUGCUUUCCCACUUGGGAGGAAGGGUUUCCCUCCACAAUUGUGUACAAGGGGACCUGUGGCGGGGUCGCCUCCUGGGAACGCCCAGGCAGACUGGACUCAGCAUGAUGCCCCACAGGGCAGGUGACUGGCUCUCAGAGCCCUUAACGCAGAUCCAACAGGAAGGCCACCCUCAGGAGUGACUUCUCAUCCACCCUGGCAUUUAGUAGGUUCUGCUAUUAUGCAGAAUCGUUUAUGCAGAAAUUCCUGUAGAAUUUGGGUAAUAAAAAUGAUUAUUAUC